AUGCCUAAAUAUCUAUAUUUUUUGUUUCUACAAGUGAUCGCAACGUUUGCCGAGGAUGAUUUAUUGCUUGUUGAUGGAGAUUCGAAAUACUUCAGAGAUCAAGCAAUUCUGCGGAAUGACCCACUAGCACUGAACGAUGAACCACUCCCACUUCAUGGCGUCAUCGUUGCACCAAUUAAAGGAAGAAGAAUUUAUACUCGCGAACAAAUCCCACUCAUCGACUACGAUAAACGGGAUGCUGCUUUACGGGCGUUCUACGAUCGAGUAACUUCCGGUGGGAAUACAGCAAAAAUUGGAGUCGAUCCAAUAUUUGUGACUCGUGCACCCCCGCGGACAACUCUUUCUACGCCAACGCCUCGAAGUUCAUCGAUUAGUCCAAUCAAUCGAUCACAGAUCAUUCAACGCAAAACCUUGCGGCUUUCAUCGGAUUCCGAGGUGGAUCGAGUUCAUUCGACUCGUUUGGCCACAAAUGGACAUCAAAUCCGUGCCUUAUCAGCCGGCAAAGAGAAAUUAGUGCCAUUUGGUGGAACUUCGUUGAUCAUUCCAUUGAGUCUUCCAGUUAUUACGGGAAAGACGGUGGCCAAGAAUGCGACGAAACCAAUCAUCCCAUUUGCCAAAUUGGAUGAUGAACCGGUGACAAAGAAAACUCAAAUCAGACGGGAAACUUCGAGAAUUCCCUUGACACCGAUGAUUCGUUUCCCGCUAAAAGCUUGGCAAAUUCCGUCACUUCCGGCAAAACCACUUCCCGUUAUUGUUGAGAAUCCAUCGACAAAAAGUGGCUUUUAUCCGGCAGAAUGGUCAAAUGCAAAAGCUCCACUCGUCUUUCAAUUCGCUCAAGCCGAUCCGAUUUAUAAAGCUGACACUCUACGGGAUCGAUCACUUUUGUCCGCUUCUCAUCAUUCAUCGAUUUAUCCACCGAGAUUUUCUGGAGAAAGCGGUGGUGCAUCACGUCGCAGCCGUUUCCCGAUGAACCACCGAACCGAGCCGAUUCCUUUACCGGAAAAACGAAAAAAUUUCGAAUUGGCUUUGCAAGAAAGCGAGAGGGAUCCACCAAAUUACUUCUCUGCCUCAAUAGAUGAAACAAUCCUCUCAAUCGAUCGUGACGAGGCUGUUCAUCGAAUGAGCGAUACGGAGAAGUUGAAACAUUUCGUGACGAAAUUUCCCGAAGCUGGCCGAUUCUCGCAACAGAUGGAUUUGACGAGUCGACCCUCGGAUAUUACAUCUUUUUCACGGACAGCUAUUGGUGAUAUUUUUCGAGAGCUUUCCCCAUUGCAAUCUCACCUUUCGUUGACGGCGAACGAGAAAUUGGGAUUGUGUUGUCGAAAACAGAGACUUUCGGCAAGAUGCUCAACUUUAUGUGAUUUCGAUACAUUCACCGAUAAAUCGUUAAUCACCGCUGUGUUAACCCUUCAAUGCCCGGGCCCGGAAUUGGGACGAGCUUUUGAUUGUGCUUCUUCAAAGGCUGAUCACACGUCGUGCUGUAUUCGUGCCGGUUUAGCCACUUUCCUUGGUGGUCGAUGUCUUCCAUUUUGUCAAACUCAUCUCGAUACACCGCCAAAUAUUGUCGACUAUUUGCCUUGUUUACAGGUAUUUGACACGUUCAAACGAUGCUUCAGGGAUUACCAAACGAAAAACAAAAACCUUUUUGAGAGUCAAAUUGAUGAAUUGAAAAUCAAAUUGAAUAUGGCCAAUGGACAAAUUGACGACUUGAGGAAGCUCAACAAAGAUACUACAAUUCAAGAAUUGCAGCGCAAAGUGGCCACUCAUUCGGAGCCAACCGAUGCCAGUGACACAAUACAGUACGAAGACGGGAACUUGGUGUUAAUCGCCCGUGAUGAUGGAUCUUCCGAGAUCAGCUCUCAGAAGUGGCAGAAAGAAAUGGGUAAGUAUCUCGGCGAAUUGAGCAGCGUGCCGGCUUUUCUUUCACAAGUGACGAUCUCUUUGAUGGAAACUUUGCACGAAGAGCGGACCCUCUCGCAACCAUCAUAUUCUGUGAUACACGAUGAU